ACCAAUACCGCCGAGAUGUCACCAAAGUUUAUUAUCGACGAGUCAUCUCUUCCGUCUGUCUUUCAAUCCCAAUGGCAAUCCAACCCUGAUCCAACAGCGCUUCCCUUUCCACGUGACAAUCCACCUUUUCCCCUCACCGCAAUCGACUGGCACCAGCUCUCCCUUACGGACGCAGAAUUUACACCUCACUCAUGGUCCAACCUGCACGAACUCAUCUCUGCAAAUCAGCUUGAGGAGCUCAAACGCUGGCCCAGUUCCCUUAAAGCAUAUCUUGCAUGGACGGCGCACGCCAAAGCAAAAUACGGUACCAUAACGGCGUACCUACUCGACCAACGCCUACACUGGCAGCCCAUUGAAGAUGACACGGGCGCGCUGCGCUUCAAUGUCGCCGAUCCCGUCCCUUUUGCUGACACAGCAGAUUUCAAAAUCCUCCGAAACGACUGGACGUACGCAUUUGAAGAUGGCAUCACGCAUAUUGUCGUCUGGCUCAAGCAGCGGCUCCCUGUUGACGAAGAGGGCGCGCUGAGUACCGAGGGCAAGGAGAUGGUGGAUGCGUUUGUAAACAGAGAGUUUAGAGCCAAGACUGGUGAGGAGGUCAAAGGCGAUAAGAAUCUGCUAUUGACCAGUCAUCGGUUGAAGAACGGUUUCCGGAACGCUGUGGUCACGCAGGUCCACUUUAUGCCUGGCACAUCAUGGAACAAGAGAACGAUCCAGACAAUGGUGUUCAAUGGAGUCUCUUUUAUCGUGAGUGCCUAG